AUGGGAUCAAGAACUUUUGCAACUUGACAAACCAACGCAUCUACACUCUAUGUGGAAUACCUUUUACCUAGACUAUGCAGUUCUCUCGAGGGACCUAGUGGAAAGUGUCAUUGACUUUGACACAAAUGAAACAACCCGAUAAAAAGUGAUCACAUUCCAAUAACACUAAAACUAUGAGACUGAAAUUCAAGAAAUAAUAAAUCGCAGUUUAGAAGAAUACGCAUAGAUCGACUGCAGAAUCCCACUUUCCGCAAACUUUAUCAAGAAGAACUCAUUAAAGAGUUAGUUGAGUUACGGAAGAGAGAGCAGGAGGGAAUAGAACGAAGAUAUGAGGAAAUAAGUUGAAGACAUGUAGGGAAAGGAAGAUAG